UCCUCCUCAAAAUGACUCCUUUGCUUCAGGCGGGAACUGGAGAAGCAGCAAAUCAAGUCACAGAUAGGUUACCGGUGAAAAUUGCCGUGAUUGGCGCUGGAGAGCGGGGAAAGGUAUACGCGAGCUUUGCACUGCACAACCCAUUGUUAUGCCAAGUCGUAGCGCUUGCGGAACCUGUGAGCCGCCGUCGCGAAGCGUUUCUGCGGAGACACGUGGACAUACCUGCCCAGAAUGUUUUCCUGGAUUGGAAGGAGAUGGUGAAGGUGCCAAAGCUGGCUGACGCAGUCGUCAUAUGUACGCUGGACCAGUUGCACGCCGAAUGCGUAGUUGAAUUUGCCAAGUUGGGAUAUCAUAUCUUGUGCGAGAAGCCAAUGGCCAUCAGUCCCCAAGAGUGUGCUGCAAUGACUCGUGCUGUGGUUCAGGCCAACAUAAUAUUUGCGGUUUGUCAUGUAUUACGCUACAGCCCGUACAACCGUUCCCUGAAGCAACUGCUUGAAGCGAAGGCGUGCGGGGAUGUGAUCAACAUUGUCCACGUCGAACCCGUGGGCUGGUGGCAUUUCGCCCACUCUUACGUUCGUGGAAACUGGCGCUGCGAAGAACAAGCAACGUUUUCUCUGAUGGCGAAGUCCUGUCACGAUCUUGACAUCCUGUGUCAUUAUAUGGGCACCAAUCAUCCCCCACGUCAAGUCCAUAGUUUUGGAAGUCUUUCACAUUUCCGCCGCGAUAAAAAGCCCGCAGCGGCCGGCUUGGCGACUCGAUGCGUCGAUUGUGCAUUUGAAAAGGAUUGUCCUUACUCCGCCCUCAAACUGUACCUCGAUAAGAGCAAGCACGACGAUAGGGGAUGGCCUGCAUCCGUUGUUUGUGGGGGUGGGGAAGUGGAGGUGGACAUGGAGAAUGUUCAUGAAGCAUUGAAAAUUGGUCCUUACGGACGAUGUGUUUAUGAAUCAGAUAACGACGUGUGUGAUCAUCAAGUUGUAAACAUCGAGUUCGAAGGUGGUGCUACUGCGAGCUUCACCAUGGUCGCAUUCAGCGAACUAGUCUGUGAAAGACAAACUAGAAUUCAUGGAUCACGUGGCGCGAUUAUUGGGGAUUCACAAACCAUUCGCUACACAGAUUUUGCAACCGGUAAAACGACGGUAAUAGAUCCAGGGACAGAAACGCAAGGAAUUAAUGGUGGCGGUUCUGGGCAUGGUGGAGGGGAUUAUGGUCUUAUGGCAACGUUCAUUGAGGCUGUGGCGCAAGGAAACGCUUCAUUACUCGGAUGCAGCCCUCAACAAGCCCUGAUGUCCCAUGUGCUUGUAUUUGCUGCUGAAGAAGCGCGAAAGAAACGUGUAGUGAUAGACGUCGAGGAUUAUUUGAGAAGUGAAGCUUGCAUAGACUAGUUGUGCUUUGAUCUAUAAUCGAACCUAAGUAGAUACGGCUUCUAUUGUGCGAGAGACAAUCAAGGACUAGCUUAUUCACUUGCAUGUGAACGUACCGUGUGGGAUUGUACGAAUGUCCUGAAAGCAAUUUUUAUAGACUUCAGCACAGAGGGUCGAGCGUGAUGUCCGAAA